AGGAGCGACCCUUCUCCCUGCCUCUUCCCUGCCCUGGGGACCCGGGAGGCCCGCACCCUCCCUUCCUCCCCGGCCCAUGGGGACCGUCAUGGCCAAACUGCUGCUACCCACGCUGAGCAGCCUGGCCUUCCUCCCCACGGUCAGCAUCGCUGCCAAGCGGCGGUUCCACAUGGAGGCCAUGGUCUAUCUCUUCACCACGUUCUUCGUGGCGUUCUACCACGCCUGCCACGGGCCGGGCCUGGCUAUGAUCUGCUUUCUGCGCCUUGACAUCCUGGAGUAUUUCAGCGUCUACGGAACCGCCCUGAGCAUGUGGGUCUCGCUGAUGGCGCUGGCUGACUUCGACGAGCCCAAGAGGUCGACUUUCGUGAUGUUUGGCGUCCUGACCAUCGCCGUGCGGAUCUACCACGACCGCUGGGGCUACGGCGUGUACUCGGGCCCCAUCGGCACGGCCGCCCUCAUCAUCGCGGCCAAGUGGCUGCAGCAGAUGAAGGACCAACGGCGCCUGUAUCCAGACAAGAGCGUGUACACACAGCAGAUAGGCCCCGGCCUCUGCUUCGGGGCGCUGGCCCUCAUGCUGCGCUUUUUCUUCGAGGAGUGGGAUUAUACCUACGUCCACAGCUUCUACCACUGCGCCCUGGCCAUGUCCUUCGUCCUGCUGCUGCCCAAGGCCAACAAGAAGGCUGGAAGCGCAGGGCCACCCGCCAAGCUGGACUGCUCCACCCUCUGCUGUGCUUGUAUCUGACCGCGUGGCCCAAAGCUCCCAGCCCCCCCCCGCCCUGCCUGGUCCUUCCGGACUGCAGAAACGCCCCUUCUCAGAGCCUGCGGGCUCUCUGGGGUCUGGGGAGCAUCCCGCCAAGUGCUUUUUGAGAACCCACUUCUUCUGUGUCCCCCGGGUGCCAAGGAGGGUGCUGGAAAGAAACAAACAUCCUGAUGGACAGGUGUGUCUGCAGAAGCCCGGAGCCAGACACUGCCCCCCCUCCACGUCCCCUCCCCGCUUCCCCGGACAGCCCCAUCCCAGCCACCAAGGGGCCCUGCCUGCCACCCUGGUCCCACACGCUCCCCACACCCUCUGUUUCCUGCUCUUGACCCAUGCCCUCAGGUUCGGCGAGCCAGGGCCAGCAGGGCCACUUGGUCCCUGCCCCAGGCCUGGCUGCCCCUUGGCUGUCCCCCCAGCCAGGUCGCUAAAUCAAACCAUUUCCACUCACUGCCUGCCCGAA